CUAUAUUCCUAACCGUGUAGAAAUGUUGGCCAAUCAGAAGUCUAGAAGCCUCGGUGGGAAAUGGUAAACAAAGCUGGGGCAUAGAAGCAGAACCGAGUCGUAUGUGUGGAGGGACAGUAACUGUGUGUGUAUAUGUAAGCAUUUAAACACUGCAGAGAGGACAAUUAACAGUAACAGUAUUGUAGAAAUUCAUUUCACCGAAACAACAACGUGGUGCACACCUUUGACGCUGCGUUUUCUCCGUUUUUCUCAUCCACACGUAAAUGCAAAAACGGAGUUUUAGAAAAUAUCCACCCUGGCCGGAGUUUUUAGAAAUCUCCGUUUUCAGUGACCGAAAACACCGUUUACGUGUGGACGAAAGGUGCAAACGCAUAGAAAAAUCUGCGUUUUCAAAAAUACCCGGGGAGAUUGGCACCAUCUUCUAUUCACUAGGUUUCUUUCCCACUCAGGCAGACCUACAGAAGUUCACAUCUGAGGUGGAAGAUGAGCGCUCAGGAUAUAUCCACUGGGACAGAUUCCUCCCAGCCAUGACUAAAGUGCUACUGGAGGACAAGUUCCCUCCCAUCUCUGAUGAGCUUCUGCUUCAGGCCUUUGAGGUUCUAGACAAAGAAAAGAGGGGAUACCUCGAGCCUGAGGAGCUGACAAAUUACAUGACAAAGGAAGGUGAGCCGUUCACUCAGGAGGAGAUGGAUGAGAUGCUGACAGCGUUCACUGACGAAGAGAAGAAACAUAUCUAUUAUAAAGAUGUUAUCCCACAUCUGACCCUAGAGCAAAACAAUGCAAAACAGCAAAACAAUGAUUGCUUAAUCAGCCUGUUGGUGCAGCCAAGUAUGAAAGCAUAAUGUACAAAUGCCAAAUGAAAUGUAUGUAGGCAGUCUGUCACCAAAACUGUUAUACAAUAUAAUCUUUAUAUCUGUUGUGAUAAAGAAAUUAAAUGUGCAUACUUCAACUGGAUUCAGAUAAGAAUACCAUAAGAGUUUGCAUGCUCAAGCCCUCGUUCCUUGUUUAAGAAAUGUUAAAAGGUUUCUCCAGUUUGACAUUAAAGGAAAGUCCAGUACAGUAUGAAAUUACUGGUGUGAUGCACUCCAGUUUCUGUGAAUGUAAAAAACAA